CUCACCACUAGCCAGUCCGCAGUCGUCACUCGUCACUCGUAAGUCGUAACUCGUAACACAGUUGAUAGACGCGCGCCUCGCGCAUCGCUCGUGCAACAGCAGCUAAUGUGAUUGUCGCCGGUAUUCGCUAUCGAAGCUAUUUACCUAGUGAUCGGUGCUCGUCAUACAAUAUUCAUUUUCAAGAAGGUUUUAUCUCGAAGCAACAGCUGUGUAUCAGUGAAGCUGAAACGGAGAUUAGGAUUUCGAAUUUAGCGAUAAAGAUUUAUUCAAGAUUGGGCCAAUAAUUGAGCUGAAAUGGCAAUCCGAUGGGAACACAACUCCAAAGGACAGCAACAUAGCAAUACACGUCACUCCACCCGAUGGAGAAGAAGAUGACGAGUUCGUACCGGUCCUGAGAGCUCGGCGGAAGCUCAGCACUCCCAUCAGUGGUCUGCCAGGAGCUGACAGUCUAAGACUUGACAGUCUGCGGUGUUCGCCCAGUCGCUCGCUGUCGCCAGUAGAGCGCACCAGGAGAAGGUUCAGUACGAUGGUGACGAGUGCAGCCGCGACCGCCGUGUCCCGCCGUCUGUCCGCCACCAUCGGCUGGUGUCUCGCGACCCCCACGCAGGUGAAGCCGCAGAUUGUGAGGCAAGGGCGCGCUCUGUGUCUGCAGUAUAUUAAAACACAAAUACGUCGAUCUUCCUCGUGUCAUAAAAAGCCAAUCGUGUUGAAACGGUUGCAGCAAAUGAUCGAAACAGAAUGCGGUGAAGAAGCUGUAAAUAAUAUAGAUGCUGGAGUUCUAGCAGCCCUGCGAGCGCUGUGUGCAGCACUUGAGAGAAAACGACCAGAUGCCUUCCGGCACGUGGCCAGGCAGGCGACGCGGGCGCCCGCUGCCAUGCUGCGCUCAGACACGGCGCUGGCUGAAUUGUCAUUGGCUUUAGCCCGCAGAAUAACCCGCGAAAACAUCACCUGGUCAAAGAUUGCAGCGGUGUAUUGCAUCUGUGGAGCGUUGGCGCGUGAGGCUGCAGAAGCCGCCGACAGCGACCCGCCACUGGAGCUGGUGGCAGCUCCGGCCGCGGCGGUCGGCGACCUGCUGCACGAAGAACCCGGCUCGUGGAUCGCCAACAAUGGGGGCUGGAACGGACUUAUCGAACGUCUACGUACUAGUGAGAGAGACCAAAGAUCAGAGAAGACUCUACGCGUGAUGGUGUCGUUCUUCGUGAUAGCUUGCGUCGCCCUGCUCCUCCUCCGCUGGGUCCUGCACGCACAUCCCGCAUACAAUAUUUAGUUUCAAUAACAUUAGAAUUUACGUUAUAUUUCCUUCUCUUGUGAUUAUUAAAUGAAAAAAGUUGUCUAUUCCUGCUUCCUCAUAAAACUUUCAAUCUGUUCAGUUGCUGAAGACUCUUACGAUGUAUUUUAGUUUGGAUCAUUACUAUCAUUCACUAAAGAACAAAUAGCAACUCAUUAAUUAAGUACAAAAUGUCUGCAUAAUUAUAUUAUGUAAUUAAUCAAAACUAUAGUACCUAAUAGCAAGUACAAAUGCAGAACGUGUUUUAUACAGAAAUAUAUUUUUAAGUAUUUAUUA